CUACCAGAAUCCAAAAGAUUUAUGAUGACCACGUGUGUGCUCACCAAAUACCAGACUCCAGCAACUAUCGACGCCCAACACCCUGCCAAAAGAAUCAAAGGUGCCUUUGCCAGUGCUGCGAACCGCCUCUCGAUGAUGGCCCCGCCCAUUAGCCACACCGAGGACGGCCGCCAGAGCCGUCUCGGCCGUCUCAGCUCCGCUGCUACCAAGCGCUUCAGCAUGCCUGCAGGCAGUGCUCUGAACCCCUGGCACGACUUGCCACGUGGAAACACUGCAACACGGGUCAAGCUUUGCGUCGUUGGUAAUACUGGUUGCGGCAAGACCGAGUUGAUCCAGUAUGAGCCACCCCAAUUAAAGCCAGACCCCUUUUCACCCUGGAGAGUUCUGUAACUGAUGCGUGCUUAUUAGGCGCUUCGCCACAGGUACUUUCAAGAUGGUAGGUUAUAUUAGUCCAGGAUGUAUUGCCCAGCAUGAGUUCUUCUCUGUGGUGAAGAAGCAGCAACAUAGUGACUGACACGGCUUACCGUCCAGGGCAAGGCCAGCACUGCCAAGGAGAUGACAGACGGCUACUCUGUCGAGACAAUCAACCACACUGUCGACAACCAGGAGACCGUCCUGGAGGCCUGGGACGUCUCCUCGCAGUGCGACACGAGGUGCGCGUUCGAGAACUCGGUCCGGCCCCUGCUCAUGACUUUUUUCGAUGCCGUCGUCAUCUGCUUUGAUAUUGGUGAUGAAACCACCCUGGAGGCUGUGAUGCAAAAGUGGAGGAAUGAUGCCGAGCGAUACUGCCCUUCGGCGCCUGUCAUCCUGGUGGGCCUCAAGUGUGACCUGCGCCGCGACUAUCCGACACUCAAAUUGAACUUUCUCAAUGAGCCCACUGCCACCGCCCGUGGUCAGCAGGCUGCCGUGCAGAUGGGCGCUGUCGCGUACUUUGAAUGCUCUGCGCGCACAGGCGAGGGUGUGGCCGACUUCUUUGAGUCUGUGAUCCGCAUGGUUCUCCUGCGGCGCCGCCGA